AACACAAGACAAACACAAGACAAGACAAACACAAGACAAGACAAACACAAGACAAACACAAGACGAACACAAGACGAACACAAGACAAACACAAGACAAACACAAGACAAACACAAGACAAACACAAGACAAACACAAGACAAACACAAGACAAACACAAGACAAACACAAGACAAACACAAGACAAACACAAGACAAACACAAGACAAACACAAGACAAACACAAGACAAACACAAGACAAACACAAGACAAACACAAGACAAACACAAGACAAACACAAGACAAACACAAGACAAACACAAGACAAGACAAGACAAACACAAGACAAACACAAGACAAACACAAGACAAACACAAGACAAACACAAGACAAACACAAGACAAACACAAGACAAACACAAGACAAACACAAGACAAACACAAGACAAACACAAGACAAACACAAGACAAACACAAGACAAACACAAGACAAACACAAGACAAACACAAGACAAGACAAACACAAGACAAACACAAGACAAACACAAGACAAACACAAGACAAACACAAGACAAACACAAGACAAACACAAGACAAACACAAGACAAACACAAGACAAAC